GCCUGUUGGUGCUGUUCUUCUGGGGCAUGCGGCUCAGAGGAAUGGGGCCGUCUUCCUCCCUGACCCCGGCCCGUCGAUGAAAAAAAAAAAAAACCGACCGAGCGGCAAAAAGGGCUGGGGAUGCACAACGGGACAGAGGAAACACAGCUUUACGGGCAAAAAAACAGGAAUGCUGAUGCUGCUAAACAUGCAGUGUCGCCUCCUUUGCGGAAUAAACCGAGUGUACGCUGAUGUGGCCGCUCAGUGAGUUUAUAACGGCGAAAGAUUUGGCUGCUACUUUGAUUUUUUUUUUAAACCGUUUGCGUUGAUAACACACAUCUGCAAUGAUGCGGGCUGUGGACCGGAGCAGGAUUGUAUUACUCUUCCUUCUCCUCGGAUACCUUUCCUCCAUAGCUGACACCAAAACACUACCGGAGGACACAGCCACCGAAGAGGUGACUCUGAGGGUUCACCUGAGUGAUGCCAGCACUCACCAGCCCCUGGGAGGAGCCACCAUACAGCUCUUCGCCAACCACACUUCUGUAACCACGGAAACCUCACUGGCUGAUGGCAACUCCUACCUGCGCUUUCCUUACCGCCUUGGGACACUGCUGGUUGUCACCGCAACCAAACAGGGAUAUGUGCCAAACUCUGUGCCCUGGACACCCUCCAGAUUACCUGUAUUUUCCUCCAUCAGCUUGGACCUGCUACCAGAGAGAGCUGCUUCUCUGAUGGUGUACGAUGAUGUUGUGGAGAUUGUUUCAGACUUCCAAGGUUUCAGGGGCCAGCCCAGAGUUCAUUUCCAGCGCAGAGCCCUGAGUCUUCCCUCCAACACAUCCUACGCCAACCUGACCGCUCUGCUCACCGUGGCCAGCUCCCCUUCGCACAUCCAGCACUUCCCCUACCUGCAGGUCCUCGCUGGCAACGGCACAGGGACAGAGAAGAGGUUUGAGUUGACUCCUGUAGCAGCCGUUUCUGUUCACUUAUUGGCCAGCGACGCAGUGGAGCUGCAGGUGACUGAGCCAAUCACGGUCUCCGUCCCUCUCCCGGCUGACAGCGGCCUGAAGGAAAAUGAUCACAUCCCUGCUUGGAGAUUUGACCCGCGCCUGGGCGCCUGGAUAAAGAGCAGUUGGGGUCAUGUGCAGAGGGAGGGCAACCAGCUUAGUCUGACCUACAUUGCUCCUCAGCUGGGGUAUUGGGUGGCUGCAAUGUCGCCGCUACACUCAGGUCCAGUGGUUGCGAAGGACAUCAGCACAUACCACACAGUGUUUCUGUUGGCUAUACUGGGAGGAAUGGCUCUCAUCUUGCUCUGUCUGCUCUGCAUCCUUUUGUACUACUGCAGACGUCGCUGUUUGAAGCCUCGAGCAUCUCACCGCAAGCUCACUCUGUCCUCCGGUCUAGACAACAGUAAGAGGGACCAAGCCACCUCCAUGUCCCACCUGAACCUCAUCAGCAAUGAGGUGCAGCUGGAACUUGUUUCCACAGCAACCGAGCCCGACAUGACCACACCGAUGCUGAAGCCUUCCUCAUACGAGCAACAAGACAAUCAACGUCAACACAGCCUAAUCCACCACAGCAAACACAGCCGCUCUUCGCUGGGCAACAACAGCCAUCACGGCUCAUCUCUUGGCAACCUGACGCCUCGCAGCAGAGACUACCGGCAGUCUGUGGAGACAUUCCAAUUAAAGGCCGCUGUCUCAUGCGGAACAGACCGGGGCUACCGUCAAUCAUACACCUCCGUCUGCUCAUCCAGCAACCAUAUUUCAGAUGGACUGUUGUUAGCCAAUCACGGACAGGUGUCGGCUAAUCACCUAAGCAAUGUUGGGGUUGUUGACUGCAUCUCCCCUUGCUCUCCUCCUCACUCCCCCAGUAGAGGGGAGGGAGGUGAGUGCAGGGCUCCCGACUACCUUCUGUCCCGGUCUGUGGACCACCUAGAGCGCCCUAGUCCCCCGUUGCUCUCCCAGCCGGGCCAGCUGCUCUGCUGUGGAUCUGUGGACCUGCUGAGUGGUGGGGAAGGCUACCCGAGGGUGCGUCCUACGCUGGUGAUCCCAGCACACUACAUGCGCCUCCCUGGGGAGCACCCUCUAUCUGGUCAGGCCCUCCUGUUGCAGACUGACCAGCAGAGUGACUUGGAGACCAUCCAGGCUGAGCUCAAUGCCUCGCACUCCCAGCAGCCCCUGGGGCAGACCCCCACUGACCACACCCCAGGUCCCGCCAAGCAGGGUGAAGGAGAGAAGCUCGGCCUGUCGGAGUCUCUGUCGAUUCCAACAGCUCUCGGGGAAACAGGUCUUGUGGAAAUAAACAGCGAGGACACCCUGCUGGCUGAAAAGACUUUAAUGGAGCUGCGAGGAGGGAAGCCUCUCCCUCACCCACGAGCCUGGUUUGUCUCACUGGAUGGACGCUCCAACGCUCACAUUCGCCACUCUUAUAUCGACCUUCAGCGGGCGGGGUGCCACAGCAACACGCCAGGUGCAGGAGUUCAGCAGGGUAGUGGCAGUGGCGGGAGGCGGGGCAACGGCACCGACGCCAGUCUGGACUCCGGUGUGGACCUGAACGAGCCAAGAGCGGGCCGCAGGGGGAGAGACGCAGAGCGUGAGGAGAGAGAGAUCGAGAAAGACAGCUCGAAGGGCACAACACCAGCCGUGGCUUACACCCAACUGGUGUAUGUGGAUGAUCUGGAGGGCGGAGGCAGCGAGGAGGAGACGCCCAAGUGCAGCCCCCAGGACAGCAAAUUAGGGCCCGUCUUGUCAGACAAGGCAGAGGGUCAGAGAGGGGAUCAGGGUAAGGGAGACGCAGAGGGCGUACGAAUACAAGAGGAACCCCCCUCACUUUCUUCUUCAUCCCCUGCUUCUCCUCCUCCCCUGCCGACACCAGAAGGUGUGACUUUUAGGACUGAUCACACGCCGCUGUCAGUCUCUCCCGAUGACGACGCAGCACACGAGGACGGAGAGGAGGAGAAGAAGAGCCCCUGGCAGAGGAGAGAGGAGCGACCCCUGCUGGCCUUCAACCUUAAAUGAUCCACGGACGACCACUUAAUCACGAUUCCCCUCUGCCCAGCCCGUAACGUGAAGGAUAUAUCCAUUUAAACUGAAGCCCUUUGUUCUUGAUAUAGCACUGAGAAAAUACUUCAGCACUGGGAUCCCUUGUAGUCCAGAAAUGAAUUCAGAUCCUUCACAAUCUUCCACAUCCUCUUUUAUGAAAUAACCACUGUCGUACUCCAUGACACACUACAUAAACAAUUCACUUUUUAGGCAUGAUGUACACAUUGCCUGAGGGAGACGUUAGAGGCAAGAAUAUUUUAUGCACAACAAAUAUAUGCCUUUUUUUUUUUAUAAAUAGCCUUGUAAGCAUAAAGGAACUGUAGUAGAAACAGUUUGAUGGGUGGUUCUCACAUAUGAAAGACUGCAGGAACCUUUUUUUCUUGAGCCAUAUUGGCCUCAGUCCACUGACCAUAAAAGCUGGGAGAACACUAAACUCAUUUAAAGUGAGAUUAUAACCACAAUUAGGCCACGUUGACUGAUUUUUAAGAUUGCAGAGUAUCUGCAAAAAACAGCAGGUGAUUCUAAUCUUUUCACAGUUCACAGUUAACAAAUCUCAUGCAGAGCCAAACCAACAAUGAAGUCAUCCUACUUACAGGUAUUGUGUUUGUAUCCAAAGUCUGAUAUAUCUUAUUCCUCUGUGCUGUAGACCUCCGUUGCACUGGGUGACAUGUGCCCUCACCCCAAAGAUUAUGAGAUUAUGGUCACAUUAGUUUGUUAUUUAGAAAUGGCUCCAGAGACUAAUAAAAGGCUCAAAACUAAUCGCUUUUAUGAGUGGAGUUGUAAUGAAGGAGCGUGUCACCCAGUGUGGCUCAUUGACAUGUUUUGACGGAGGUCUACGGCACAGAGGAAUCCAAUAUAUCAGGCUCUGGAUACACAUACAAUACUUUUAAGUAAGAUGAGUUCAUAGUUGGUUUGGCUCUUCACAUGAGAUUUGUUGAUGAUUAGAAAAAUAUAGAAACUCGCCAACUUCCUUUAAGUCUUCUAACAUGUUCCUGAGUUUAGUGAGAUCAGUACGGCAACAAUCACUCCAGACAUAAACGUGUAAAUCCUGUACUUUGAAUGUUUUUUUGUUUUUUUGAGUAUAUUGCUAGAAUUUAAUCUAGCUGUAAUCAGAAAGUUGUUUAUACAUGAACUACACGGAGGGGAUGGGGGGGGUGCGUUUUUGGACUGAAGAAAUUAAACCACUAUCUGCACUGCAGUGUAAUCAGAUAAUGUGACACACCACUAUGCUGAUGGGUAAGGAUAUAAUACCACUACUAUACUGUAGUUCUUCCCAAAAUAAUUGUGAGAUGUAAUAAUAUGAAGGGUUUUGUAUCCGUUGAACCACUGACUGGCAUAUUUUGCUCUGAAGGCUAUGCAUCACUUUUAUACGGCUGCUUGAGAUGCCUUUUUUUUGUAAUUUUAAUCACUAUUGAUUUUAAUUGCCAACAUGAAGUAUUUUACCCGAAAAUAGGCUAUUUUAUUUUUCUUCAAAUAUGUUAAGGGCUUUUCUUCUUCACUCGCCUUAUUGUUAGUUACAAAAACACACAUGAUGCAUACCUUUCACCUGAAACCAAACGAUUUUUGCUUGCUUCAUUUCACCUUAAUUUUUUUUUUUACCAUUUCCUCAUGUUCCAAGUGCCUUUGAACAAGCUGACUCUACAACAGAUUUGUGGAACAGAUGACCUUAUUUAUAUAUACCUUUUUUAUUUAUUUCUCACCUUCUUUUGCCUUCAGCUUUUCUCCUCUACCUCAGCCCUCCCUUUCUCACCCACUCGUGAAAGAAAGCAUGCAGUAAACUUUCCUCGGCACUAGCAUUAUUACAAGCUACACUGCAAGACAUCUUAUAAAAUGUCUACCAGCUGCUGCAAUCGUAAAAUUCUCCACAAUAAUCAGCAAUCUCUUGGAGUAAGCAGUCAAGGAUUUACAGAAGUUUUCAGUGUAGCUCGGGGAUAGAUAAAGCAAAAGUGCGAUUGUAUGUGAAGCUAAACUGCAGGUUGUUUCAGUGCAUUUACUUGUUUUUUUUUUUUUGUGUGUGUUUUGGAGGGUGAAUGUUUGUCUCGAAUGUGUUUUAUGUGCACCUGAGUGGUGGUAGCGUCCAUCUGCGAUGCUGCCGAGCCUGAGUUUGUCCACGUGAGAGUGCUGAGAAAUAAUCAACAUACAUCCACUCGAGGUUCAUAUAGUUAUAGCAAUCAUAUUACAGAGUGUGUAUAGUCCUUUCUUUUUCCUCUACUUGGUUAAAAUGACGUGUGAGUCGGUGUUGUGAAUGGCCUCUUCUCUCAUAGUAUCCCAGUGCAACCUUCCAAUUCUAGGGUGGAGUUGCAAUACAGCAUCCUGAGUGUGUAAAAUUGGUUGCUUGCAUUAUAUUUGAAGCCUAUUAUUCUGAAUAAACAGCCAAACUGGAA